AUGCAGCAAGCAUCCCUUGUCAUAAUUCCCAAAGAAUCUUGCCAGGAUGGCGUAGAAAACAAGCGAGAGACAUCAGUCACAAGCCAACGGCGUUCAGUCGCUAUGCUUACAGGAAUGGCUAUGGUUCAAACAUGGGUGCGGCAACUCGACCGUACGAACCAUCAGAAAGAAAUUCCCCCUUCUAUGGAAAAAGUCAAAAUUCUGGCUUCACUAACACAUACAGAGCAGCUCCUUACCUCCUAUCCAACGACCUCAUGUCAAGCUUUGACAACGUCCCAUUGUACAAUGUCGAGAAUAUAUCGGAUGUUCCGAGGUUUUCCUGAAACGGUUUAUCAGCACAUGAAGGCUUUCUUCAACAAUAGCGGUUAUACUUUACCGAGCAGAAGCAGGAGCUGGAAGGAACCUUCUUCGAGACGGAUCAGCCCGUACGACGACGAUUCCCCAAUGGUUGUAGCUGUGGAGCAAGAAAACCGUGACCUAGCGUUGUAA